AUGUUCACUUUAUUUUUCCACUACGUCCCAACCUCUUUAACAAACUGGACUCCCGACCAUAUCCGCACAAUCUUCACCACACUCCUCAUCGCCGAACUGUCCCAUGCUCUCGCGCACAUCAAAGUGCUCCUGAGUCUUGACUGGAUAGGUGGCAGAUACACUGCGCCGGAACUCUGGUCGCGUUGGUACUACUUUGUCAUGGAUUUGAUGACGGUCGUCAUGUCUUUUGCAGCGAUUCAUCUUUACCUUGAAAAUCAUCGUUACGAGGACGCAAAAGUCAAAAAUCGAACGGUUGAAAUCAUGUUUUAUGUGACUAGGGUGUUUGCGUUGGGUCACUUUCUACUUCAUUUGUUUUAUAUUAGUGGAUGGUUUAAAGGAAGACGUGCAUGGUUGAAUCAGAUUAAACAGAAAGUUAAGGAGGCAAAGGAGAAAACUUCGAAUCAACAACAAGAUGGAGGAGAGAGUGUCGUAUUUGCAAAGUCAGUCUUUCUUGGUGCACCGUAUGUGGAGAAGGUAUUGAUUUGGUCGGCGGCUGACAGCUGGGAGGCCAAAAAAGCUUGCGAAUAUCAUUGGCGCCAAACUAUCGGAACUUCCUAUGAUAUCUUUGUUCAUUCAAUGAUGCUCGUUUGGCAUGGUUGGGUGUUGUCGUGUGUCUAA